AUGGACUCCACGGCACCGAAAUCUCCGCCGGUAGAAGCCGUAGAUGACGAUUCAUCUACACAAUUGCCUACAAGACUGUUUGCUCCGGGAUUUUUCCCAACUGGUUUGCGGCUGAACAUAUACUCCAAGGCCAAUGUCAUUGGUGCUGUUGCGUCUGCUCUAGCAGGUUCAGCGGACAUGGACGUUUUACUCCGCCCUCAGUUUGGCAGAUUGUUUCACCUACCUGUUGCUCGUUGCCAGAACUCAACUAAGCUGAUUGGAAGCCUCCUCUGCCGCCAGCUUAUUACGACACAAAAAUACGGCACAUUCGAUGUUGAAGAUUCAGACUCUGAGGAGACUGCAAGUAGUAUUAUGUGGCAAAAACUUUUUAAUACAAUGGUGGGUGAUAUAACCGUCGCUCAGGUUCCUGAGAUGCUACGCAAUCCAUUUCUUGCGAGUUGGAAACGACUUCGUUUGGCUUUGAUAGCGUUGGUUGACGGGGUUCUUUGGUGUACUAACAAAACCCUGAAGCUCACCCCCAAGUAUGUCAAAAUGCUCACUGACGUACCAUCCUUCUUGAACUAUCCAUGGGGUCGACUAUCGUUUGUGUACACCCUAUCUUGUUUUUUGCCUCCCCCUGUCAGUAAAGACAUCCCUGACCCCCAGCACGAACUGCGGAUCCGGUUAUCUCAACAGACAACCGCGUGCUAUGGCUUUCCCCUAGCUCUCCAUUUGCUUGCUUUCGAAGCCGUGCCUCAGCUCUUGGCUAGAAUUCCUGAUGCAGCCAACACAGCUACUUUUUUGGAGGUCCCUUCGGCUUGUGCGACCACUGUUGUUAUCCUCAAGACAAAAGACAUUGUCGAUGUCGAAGCAGAACCAGAUGUAAGAUAA